AUAGCACUUUAAACAAGGCAGUGAGCUCUUUCACAUUGCUGGGCUGUCCCGUCCCGAUCACCUCGCUCUUCUAUAGGAGCGCAUUUCGACGACGUCACCAAAGUGCGGGUAUGGAAGAGGACUGCGGUGUUUAGGGCGCAUUUGGGACAAGGCCGCUGUGUUAUUGUUCCAGGAUAAUCCUCUUCGCUCUCUCACAACUAAUAGCGCUUCUACAUCAUCGUCUUUCAGUCUGCUGGGCUGUGGAGACAUGUAGCAGCAUUCCUCCUGACACAGCUAGGUUUAUGAGACCUGUUUCUGCGGCGUUUUUAAAGCGUGCCGUGCUGGUAGGGUUUUUUUUCUUUUCUUGUUACGAUUAUACAUGUUUCACAUAGCAUGAUGUCGACUAAUCUGAAAUGAUUUUAUCAGCAAAGUGAGAACGCUUGAGAGAUCAGUAGUCAGAGUGCCGCAAUGCAGGAAAGCACGUAGUGAUCCGGGCUGAUGCUGAUGCUGGUGCUGAUGCUGAACUCUCAGGAAGGAUGGGUUGGGCUGGGUGCGGGCUCUUUGCGUUUAUUAAAUAAUCUAAUUCUAUCUUAAUACUGCAUAAUUUAUUGCCUUUCCGACCUAACAUGAAGUGUCUGCUGAAGUGUUCAAGUUUGUUGGGCAGUUUGACGUCCGUAUGAAAACAAAGCUACUAAAUGCACAGUUUUAAUUCAUUCGCGUUGUAAUUCUUAACUAUCAUGAUGACAGUCACAAAACGUUGAAUUUGUGUGACAGUGCUACAUUUUUUUUUUUUUUAGCCAGUUAUGGGUGGAAAUAGGAGAAAGGGAGGUUAUGCGAAGCAGAGCUAUGUCUAUGGAAAGCCAAAGGGCUCAGAUAGAAGCAAAACGCAGUUUUGUAUAGAGUUCAUGGUUAAGCCUAGAGGUGUGCUUUUUAAAAAUCUCACUCCUGCCCACUCCUGAAAGAAUUCUGACCAAUUCAGUUAUAUUUGGUGACCUAUUUCCACACGUACAUGCACACAUGUUAUGCAAGUGUCAUUGUUUGCCACAUUUAAUCUUCUAGAUGUACAUAAAAUAUGUAAGUGAGUAUCAGUUACAUAUCUUAUGUACAUCUAGAAGAUUAAAUGUGGCAUCUAUAAAUGGCACGUCAGAGCCAAAACAUGUCUGUCCAUCUGGUUUCCAAGUCGAACUGUAAUGUUUAGUGAUUUCAUGCACAGCUUUGUAAGACAGAUGAAUGAGCUCCGUUUUUCUUUGUUGUUAUUGGGCAGCCCAAUUCAAAAACUCUGACCUAGUGUAUUCUGGGAUAACCAGUGCUGUGCCAAACAGAGCAUUCAGUGGCAUGCCAUUUGUGGCAUGUCACUAUCCAGUCCCACUCUGCGCACUUUGGCUAGUUUAGAGCUUGUUAAUGUGGCAUGUCAGUGGACAAAGGCUGACUGAGACUCAGAGGUCAGAGUUGAACAUGGAGGUUCAACUCUCAGGUCAUUAUCAGCCUGGAAAAACCUUCCAGACACUGCUGUAGACCGAGAAUCCUCCAUCCAGAAAAGGCUGUUCACUGAAUUAUAAUAAGAGCUCUGUUGAUGGACAUGAACUUCUGCACUGACCGGUCACACUUCCAGGACCAGUGUUACAUUUGGCAUAACACUGUAUGUGAUACAUUGCACACCGUACCCAGGUGAUCAACCACACCGAGCACAUCACACAGGGAAACUGCUAUUUUAAACUGUUUUAAGUAUCUCACCUGACACACUGGAAGUGUUGCACAGCUUUAAAAGAAGAUGCCGGGUCAAACAGAAUUGAUUUAUACAUCAGCUUUCAUUCCUUCCUUCAUAAGCAUGACCUUAAUCUUACCCCAGCUGAGACAUUUGUUCAUGGCUGAUGGCUACAUCCAGACAGACAGCCAAAUAAUAUAGACAUAUGAGUGUGGGCUUCCCUCAUUGCUGUUAUAAUAAGCUCCACUCUUCUGGGAAGGCUUUCUACUAGAUGUUGGGCGUGGCUGUGGGGAUUUGUGUUCAUUCAGCUACAAGAGCUUUAGUGAGAUUGAGGUCAGGCAUUGAUGUUGGGGGAAGAGGCUCCAGCUCCAGUUCAUCCCAAAGGUGUUCAGAGGGGUUAACAGUAAUUAAUGCCAGCUUGUUAACUGUCUAGUCAACACAAGCAAGCAAAAACCACAACGGUGGAAGUUUACAUACUGGCCCUUACAGACUCUGUCCAUAGAAUAUACUGAUCUCCACUGAUUUGUUUGUCUGCUCUUCUAUUCAUUCCUAAACAAACACGUCAUAUUUAAGAAAACUCUCUUUUUUCAUACAAGUAUGUUGACGAGAGAAAGGAAAACUAUUUUCAUGGUUACAAUGAUGUCCUUUAAUGUCCGUUUGUGGGUAGUGCAGUAAUGGGAGACUUCAAGAAUUUAAAAAGAUUUUAAUAAAAGUUGAUAUCAGACUGAAAUAUUGUAGCUCAUGGGACAUCAGUUGUGUCAUCUUUAUAUAUUGUAACAAAUAAUAAAAUUUGCUAUAUUAAUAGGAUUUAUUCUACUUUUUCUCAGCCUCAGGACUGACAGUUGUGGAAUCACAAUGGGGGCCCCACUUGUGUUGUUGAGUUUUUUCUCUUUGCUCUUAUCAGCAGAUGCCAUCAAACCUAGGUUCUUUGAGCCCAGAAUCUUUGACAAGGAGGCCACAGGUUUUGGACCCAUAUUUGAGGAGGAGCCCUUAGAUACAGUAUAUGCUGAGGAUUCUCCUGAGUCCAAAAUCUCCAUGAACUGCAGAGUGCGAGCCAACCCCCCAGCCACUGUCAAAUGGUGGCAUAAUAACUGGGAGAUUAAGCUGAUGGAGCAGCCGGAUGAACACUACAGUUUAGUGGGCGGAAACCUGGUAAUCACCAAUCCAGACAAGAAUAAACAUGCUGGAAAAUAUGUAUGUGUGGCCAAGAAUGUUUAUGGCACAGUCAUCAGCAAAGAGGCCACUGUGAGGUUUGGAUUUCUGAACCAAUUUCCUACUGAUGAGAGAGAGACUGUGUAUGUUAAAGAAGGACAGGGGGCUGUCCUCCUGUGUGAUCCACCCUCUCGCUACCCAAAUGAGGUGAUGUACCGAUGGAUCUACAAUGAUUUCCCCAACUUUAUUAUCCCUGAUCAGAGGCGCUUUGUGAGUCAGACAACAGGCAACCUCUACAUUGCUAAAGUAGAGGCCUCUGACAUUGGCAACUACUCAUGUUUUGUGUCCAGCCCUACCAUUGGCAAAAGUGUCUUCAGCACACCCAUCGCUCUGGUGCCAGAGAUAGAAAAGGAAGUUCAUCGAUAUCCAGCAGACAUUCGAGUCAGAUUUCCAAAGACGUAUGCCCUGGUUGGGCAAAACAUCACAUUGGAGUGUUUUGCCCUGGGAAACCCUCUUCCACACAUCCGCUGGAGGAAGCUGGAUGCUGAUCUGCCACCCAACUAUGAGGUAAGCAUGAAUGGUGCUCUGCUACACCUCAUCAACGUGCAGUACGAGGACGAGGGUAGCUAUGAAUGUGAGGCCCUCAACGUCAAGGGCAUGGACUGGUACCGCCAGUGGCUUUAUGUGGAGGGUGCUCCAGAGUGGGCAGAGCAUAUCAAUGACACAGAGAAAGAUGUUGGCAGUGAGCUUACUCUUUCCUGCACGGCUGUGGGCAAGCCAUUACCAUGGAUUCGGUGGUUGAAGGAUGGCUAUUCAUAUGGCAAAGGGCAGCUGAAGUUCUCCAGUCUCACUUUUGAAGAUUCAGGAAUGUAUCAGUGCGUCGCUGAGAACAACUGGGGAACCAUCUACGCUAAUGCAGAGCUGCGUGUGGUCUCUUGUGCACCUACAUUCAUUUACAACCCAGUAAAAAAGAUUUUGUUGGGGGCUGAAAAUGGGCGUGUGGUGAUUGAGUGUAAACCACGAGCUGCUCCAAAGCCAAAGUUUAUUUGGAAACGUGGCUCUGAAACACUCUCCAACUCAUCCCGUAUAUUUGUUUGGGAUGAUGGAAGUCUGGAGAUUCUGAAUGUGACUAAGACUGAUGAUGGUUUAUACACAUGUUACGCUGAGAAUGACCGUGGAAGGGCCAACAGCACAGGGAGCCUUAGUAUCAAAGAGGCAACUAAGAUCACUUUAGCUCCAUUAGAUGUGGAGGUGACUGUGGGUGAGAAUACAGUCCUUCAGUGCUCUGCCUCAUAUGACCCUAGCUUUGAUAUCACCUUCAUCUGGUCAGUGGACUCAUACAUUAUCAACUUUGCCACUGACUAUGAGCACUAUGAGCAGCUGGUGAAUCAUGAGUCCAGUGGACACCUGCUGAUUAAAAACAUUCAAGUUGGACACGCAGGCCACUACACCUGCACAGCACAGACCAUUGUUGACAAUGCAACAGCUUCUGCUAACCUCUAUGUCAAAGGUUGGUCUAAAAUGAAGAUCCUGUUCAAGAAUCAUGCCAUACCACAAAGUUUACAAUAUUCAAUAAACAUUAUAAACUUAGAUAUAAUUAGAUAAGGAUUCUUUUGUUUUUGUUUUGAGUGGUGAAAAUUCAACUUAAAGAAUUUUUCAAAUCAAUUUUUUUUUUUAUAUGAAUUCUUUGCAUAAAGAGACUUCAAAACGUAUUGUUCUGUUAGGAGGUUUUUUUUAGGGGUCCUAAGUUUGUGACUUUAGUAGGGUUAUUCAAGUACUUACGGUGAUUACCUAUUACUUACAGACUCUUCCAAAAGUAUUGGAACAGCAAGGCCAAUAUUUUUCCUAUACACUGAAGACAUUUGGAUUUUAGAUCAACAGAUGUCUAUGUCAUCUUUAAUUUCCUGAUAUUUACAUAAACAACUUAGAAUGUGGCACCUUUUGUUUGAAUGCAUCCAUUUUUCAAGUGAUCAAAAAUAUUGUAACAUGUGCCUGACAGGUGUUUCUUGUUACCCAGGUGUGUCCUUUUAGAUUGACUGUUUAAAAGUUUAAUAGCUCUGAGCAUCUGCUCUUGGUUUGGGACCUGGGUUUCACCUGUGAAGAUUGCAUUUGUUGUUAAAAAAAGGAUAAACCAACAUGAAGAUCAGAGAGCUGUCUAUGGGAGAAAGCAAGCCAAUUUGAAGCUGAGAAAAGAGGGAAAAUCUAUCAGAACCGCUGCACAAACAUUGGGAAUAGCCAAUGCAACAAUCUGGAAUGUCCUGAAAAAGAAAGAAACCACUGGUGUACUGAGCAACAGACACCAAAUGGGUCGGCAAAGGAAAACAACAGCAGCUGACAGAAACAUUGUGAGAACUGUGAAGAAAAACCCAAAAACAACAGUCAAUGACAUCACCAACGACCUCCACAGGGAAUGGGUGAAGGUAUCACAACCCACCAUUUGAAGAAGACUUUGAGAGCAGAAAUAUAGAGGCCAUACCACAAGAUGCCAACUACUCAUCAGCAGUAAGAAUCAGAAAGCCAGAUUGGAAUUCAUAAAGAAAUACAGAGAUGAUCCACAAAAGUUCUGGAACCAAGAUUAACCUCUACCAAAGUGAUGGAAAGGCCAAAAUGUGUAGAAAGAAAGGAUAUAUUUAUGAUCCAAAACAAACAACUUAUUCAGUGAAGUAUGGUGGAGGUAGUUUUAUGGCUUGGGCUUGUAUGGCUGCUUCUGGAACAGGCUCACUAAUCUUUAUUGAUGGUGGAACUCAUGAUGGUAGCAACAGAAUAAAUUCAAAAGUUUACAGGAACAUUCUGUCUGCCAAUUUACAGAGAAAUGCCUCCAAAUAAAUUGGGAGCAACUUCAUCAUACAGCAAGACAAUGAUCCAAAACACACUGCCACCACAACAAAGGACUUUAUCAGGGUGAAAAGUGGAACAUUUUAGACUGGCCAAGUCAAUCACCAGACCUUAACCCAGUUGAGCAGCAUUUCACCUUCUGAAGAGGCAACUGAUGGGAGAAACCCCCACAAACAAACAACUGAAAUAAGUUGCACUACAAGCAUGGAAAAGCAACACAAAAGAAGAAUGUAACAGUUUGGUGAUGUCAGCGGGUCACCGGCUUGAUGCAGUUAUUGCAAGCAAGGGAUACGCAACCAAAGUGUUAUUUACUUUAAUUUACUUUUUUUUUCUUCUCUUGAAAGAGAUGUGCAGACUAAAUCAUAGGUCAUACAAAAGUGAAAUCUGGUCAAUAGUUAGUACUUUUGAGCCUGAUAUGUCUUUCUACUGAUUCCUUGGCUAAUUGUGAAUCAAUUUGCAGUGUAGGCCAUUAGGCUCUCCCUGCUUAGAUUUUUACCUAAUUUGAUUUAAUACCUAACUAGUCCUAGGAAUUGCAGCAUAUCUUCACAUAAUUGGUCUCAAAAUACUGAGGAGAGUCUUGUAAACUUGAGAGAUUUUUAAACAAUAUGGUCACCACAUCUCAAUCAGUUCUCAUGUGGCUGAGCUUAAUUUACUCAAACAUUUAUUAUUAUUAUCAUUAUUAUUAUUAUUAUUAUCACUAUUAUUGGUGCAGUGGGUAGCAUGGCUGUUUCAAAGCUCCAGGGUCCAAUCCAGAGUUACUAUCUGUGCAGAGUGCCCAUGUACUUUUGGGCUUACUGCAGGUACUCUGGUUUUCUCCCACAUUCCAAAAACAUACCAGUAGGUGCAUUGACUACUCCAGAUUGCCUUUAGGUGGGAAUGAGUAUAUGAAUGUGUAUGCAAUACUCUGCAAUGGACUGGCGAUAUUCUAACACAAAAUUAUACGUUCUUUGAUACUUGAGUGAGAAUAUAUCUUUUCAUGUAUCAGCUAGGCCUGGUCCUCCUGGAGGGGUGCGUGUGGAGGAGAUCAGAGACACA